CUUUCUGUCUCUUGCUCUUCUUCUAUUCCAUGGACGAUUUCUUGCAUCUAAUUUGCCCUAAUUCUCCAUUCAUUUGGGAUGGAGAGAGGUUCUCUGACUGCUUUGAAGACAUUGUUUUAGGUUUUGGGGUUAACAUAGUGACUGCUGUUAUGGUCGUUGUGCUUGGAUUUAGCCAGAAGAUUGAUCGAGGAGUUCGGAGAUCAGAUGGCCAGAUGACCUUUCCAGAAAAAAUUGUCCUGGAUUUUAUACCAGCUGUUGGAGUAUGUCUUUCAAUUGUAGACAUAUUUUUUCUGUGGAAGAAAGAGCAUAGUAGUCACUUUGUUGGAUAUCAUAAAUGGUUCUAUAGCUGUUCUGAGUUGAUGGUGUGGAUAAAUAUUAUUUUCUUCACAAAGCGUGGCAGCAGUCACCACAUUGUCUUCAAUCGUGUUUUAUGUUUCUGGUGGAUUCCUAAAGCAAUAUUGACAGUUUUGUAUUUGAUGACAAAGAUUUCAUCAUUGAAGGUUUCAAUUUGCAUCACGGAGAGCUUAGUUGUUCUCUUGAAUAUCUCAUUUGGCAUAGCCAUCAAUGUGAUCAGGAUAAAGAGACCAUCUUACAAAAGCAGUUUUUUGGAAGAUCCACUUCUUUCGAAUGGCGUGGACCUUGAGGAAGGUGGUUAUCAAGACCUUGGAAAUGAUGGAAACUUUUGGGAUUUGAUGACUUUCAACUUCAUAACUCCAGUAAUGAAUCAUGGUGUGGUAAAACAAUUAGACUCUGAGGACCUGUUGCCUCUACCGACUGAUAUGGGUCCUUCUUCCUGUCAUGAUGUGAUUUUAUCCUGCUGGCAAGCUCAACUGAGUAACAAUGGCUCUAAUCCAUCUUUGUUUAGAGCACUCUGUAGUGCAUAUGGAUGGCCAUAUCUCCGCCUGGGUUUAUUGAAGGUGAUUAAUGAUUGUAUUGGUUUUGUGGGGCCAUUGCUUCUCAAUAAACUGAUCCAGUUUCUUCAACAAGGUUCAGUGAAUGUGGAUGGGUAUUUACUUGCAUUAUCCUUGGGGCUCACCUCUAUAAUUAAAUCCUUUUUAGAUACACAAUAUACUUUUCAUCUUUCCAAACUGAAGCUGAAGCUGCGAUCUAGUAUCGUGACUCUAAUCUAUGAGAAGUGUCUUCGAGUGAACUUAGCAGAGCGUUCAAAAUUUACAAAUGGAGAAAUUCAGACAUUUAUGUCAGUGGAUGCUGACCGAACUGUAAACUUAUGUAAUAGUUUCCAUGAUAUGUGGAGCCUGCCUCUACAAAUUGGAGUGGCUCUCUAUCUUUUGUAUACUCAAGUCAAAUUUGCAUUUGUAUCUGGAUUAGCAAUAACCAUUUUAUUGAUACCAGUGAAUAAAUGGAUAGCACAAUUGAUUGCAAGGGCUACUGAGCAGAUGAUGAAGGAGAAAGAUGAAAGGAUUCGUAAGACAGGAGAAAUUUUGACUUAUAUUCGCACUUUGAAGAUGUAUGGAUGGGAACUUCUUUUUUCUAGUUGGUUGAUGGAUACAAGAUCUUUGGAAGUCAAACACUUAGCUACUCGAAAGUACUUGGAUGCGUGGUGUGUUUUCUUUUGGGCUACAACACCAACACUCUUUUCCCUUUUCACAUUUGGACUCUAUGCACUGAUGGGACAUCAACUUGAUGCUGCAAUGGUUUUCACUUGUCUUGCAUUGUUCAACACCCUUAUUUCACCACUAAAUUCAUUCCCUUGGGUAAUUAAUGGAUUGAUUGAUGCCAUCAUAUCUUCUAGACGGUUGAGUAGGUUUCUCGCUUGUUCUGAACAUAAAUUUAAAGUGGGAGACACAAAUUCCUCUCCAUCAUCAUUCCUAAGUGAACAACCUGAUUCUGUUCAACGUUUGGGUGUAUUUAUCCAAGAUGCAUGUUGUACUUGGUCAAGUAGUGAGGAACAGGCAUUAAAUAUGGUGUUGAAUCAUGUGACUCUAAGUGUGUCCCAGGGUUCCUUUGUUGCAGUUAUUGGAGAGGUUGGUUCAGGUAAAUCAUCCCUGUUAUAUUCAAUCCUUGGAGAAAUGCAACUUGUUCGUGGCUCUAUUUAUUCCAAUGAAUCCAUUGCUUAUGUACCACAGCAGGUCCCUUGGAUUUUAUCUGGAACGGUGCGCGACAACAUAUUAUUCGGGAAAAGUUAUGAUCCUGAAAGGUAUACUGAUACACUGAAGGCAUGUGCAUUAGAUGUUGAUGUCUCAUUGAUGAUUGGAGGUGACAUGGCUUAUAUUGGAGAGAAAGGAGUCAACUUAUCAGGUGGACAGAGAGCUCGUCUUGCCUUGGCAAGGGCAUUGUAUCAUGACUCAGCUGUUGUUAUGCUUGAUGAUGUCCUGAGUGCAGUAGAUGUACAAGUUGCUCAAUGUAUCUUAUACAAUGCCCUUCUAGGCCCCCUUAUGCAGAGAAAAACCCGAUUGCUCUGUACCCACAAUAUUCAGGCAAUAUCUUCUGCUGACAAGAUUGUUGUAAUGGACAAGGGACGCAUAAAGUGGAUAGGAAAUUCAGAUGACUUUCCAAUUAAUUCAUGUACACAAUUCUCUCCGCUGAAUGAAAUUGAUUCAGCUUUACAGAAUCAUGGAGAAUCUUGCAGCCCAAAUCUUUCUUCCAAAUCCGAGGAGCAGUCUCUUCUUGGCACAGGUAUUGUGCGUGCUCUGGAGGGAGCAGAGGAGAUCGUUGAAGUUGAGCUGAGGAAAGAGGGAAAAGUUGAAAUUGGAGUGUAUAAGAAUUAUGCUGUCUUCACUGGCUGGUUCAUGACAGUCAUUAUAUGCCUAUCAGCUAUUCUGAUGCAAGCUUCUCGUAAUGGAAACGAUUUAUGGUUGUCAUAUUGGGUUGAUACAACAACAGAAAGCAGUCAGACAAGAUAUUCUGUGUCUUUCUAUCUGGCUAUACUGUGUCUCUUUUGUAUUAUUAAUUCCUUUUUCACAUUGGUGAGGGCAUUCUCUUUUGCUUUUGGUGGAUUACAAGCUGCAACUAAGGUACACAAUAAAUUGCUCAACAAGCUUAUGAAUGCGCCUGUCCAAUUCUUUGAUCAGACCCCUGGUGGGAGAAUACUGAACAGGUUAUCUUCAGAUCUUUAUACCAUUGAUGAUUCACUUCCAUUCAUUCUAAACAUUCUCCUAGCGAAUUUCGUAGGCCUGUUGGGUAUUACAAUAAUUUUGUGUUACGUACAGGUCUUCUUCUUACUCUUGCUAUUGCCAUUUUGGUAUAUCUACAGUAGACUUCAGUUCUUCUACAGGUCAACAUCGAGAGAAUUACGACGACUGGAUAGUGUUUCACGUUCUCCAAUAUACUCAUCAUUCACUGAAACACUUGAUGGAUCAUCAACUAUUAGGGCGUUUAAAUCUGAGGACUUUUUCUUUACCAAAUUCACUGAACAUGUAACCUUGUAUCAGAAGACUUCCUACACAGAGAUAGUAGCAAGUUUGUGGCUUUCCUUGCGUCUUCAGUUAUUAGGUGCAUUUAUCAUCUCUUUCAUAGCUGUGAUGGCUGUUAUUGGAUCUCGUGGCAGUCUGCCCAUCAACUUUGGUACCCCAGGACUGGUAGGAUUGGCCCUCUCAUAUGCAGCUCCAAUUGUGUCCUUAUUGGGAAGUUUUUUGUCAAGCUUCACUGAAACAGAAAAGGAGAUGGUUUCAGUUGAAAGAACUCUUCAAUACAUGGACAUUCCUCAAGAAGAACAAACCGGAGGCCUAUACUUGAAUCCAGAUUGGCCAAAUCAAGGAUUUAUCGAAUUUGAUUGUGUUACUUUGAAAUAUAUGCCAUCUUUGCCAGCUGCACUCUGCAAUCUUAGUUUUAGAAUUGCUGGAGGAACCCAAGUUGGAAUAAUUGGAAGAACAGGUGCUGGAAAGUCCAGUGUGUUAAAUGCUCUUUUCCGUCUUACUCCAAUAUGUACAGGCUCCAUCUCAAUUGAUGGCGUGGAUAUUAAAAAUAUUUCUGUCAGAGAACUACGUACACAUUUGGCCAUUGUCCCUCAGAGUCCAUUUUUGUUCGAAGGAUCAUUAAGGGAUAACCUAGAUCCUUUCAAAAUGAAUGAUGACUUAAAAAUUUUGAAUGCAUUGGAAAAGUGCCAUGUGAAAGACGAAGUAGAAGCAGCUGGAGGGCUGGACCUUCUUGUAAAGGAAGGAGGGACGUCAUUUUCAGUUGGCCAGCGGCAACUUCUUUGCCUUGCCCGUGCACUUUUGAAAUCUUCCAAGGUUCUCUGUUUGGAUGAAUGCACAGCCAAUGUAGACCUUCAAACUGCUUCACUGCUGCAAACUACCAUAUCCGGUGAAUGCAAAGGAAUGACAGUUCUCACAAUUGCUCACCGGAUUUCAACUGUUAUAAACAUGGACAACAUUCUGAUUCUUGACCAUGGGAAACUGGCUGAACAGGGUAACCCACAGGUUCUUCUGAAAGAUGAGACCUCCAUAUUUUCUAGUUUUGUUGGAGCUUCAGCAAUGUAGCCAUGGAAUUGUGGAGGCCAUUUUUUAACAUGACACAUCAGUAGAUGAUUCUCUACACUAACGCCGGACAAGUUUUGCCUGGAUCCAUGCAACUGCAAAACAUGGUUGCCCUUUCAUCCAAAUUAGGGAUUUUCUUAUCCAUGUUAGUACAACUACUUUUAGCUAACAGAGCUAACAGGUGACAGACAUGAGAACUUUCAAUCCUUUAUUUCAUUGCUAAUACUACCUGCUUCUUUUCCAAUUUAUAAAACACAAAUAACUAAUUUACUAA